UAUCUGCAGACACAUUGGGAAGAAGAGGAGUGCCAGCAGGGGGUCAAUCUUUUGAGGAAACAGGCUGAAGAGGACUCCCACCUGGAUGGGGCUGUUCCGAUCCCAGCAGCAUCCGGGAAUGCGGUGGGUGACCUGCAGCGGAUGAUCCAGGCCGUGGUAGUUAACGAGUGCUGGCAGAUAUCUCUGGACCGGAAGACCACGGUGCUGAAACACCUGCAGGGCCACAUGUGGAGGGCAGCAUUCAAAUCUGGGAGCAUGAAAGCAGAGUUCUUUGAAGAUGUGGUUCCAGCAGUCAGGAAAUGGAGAGAGGUGGGAAUGAAGGUGUAUAUCUAUUCUUCAGGGAGUGUAGAGGCACAGAAACUGUUAUUUGGGCAUUCUACAGAGGGAGAUAUUCUUGAGCUUGUGGACGGUCACUUUGGUACAGAGAUUGGACACAAAGUGGAGAGUGAGAGUUAUCGAAAGAUUGCCAGCAGCAUUGGGUGCUCAAUCAACAACUUGUUUCUGACGGACGUUACCCGAGAGGCCAGUGCUGCUGAGGAAGCUGACAUGCAUGUAGCUGUGGUGGUGAGAUCUGGCAAUGUGGGGUUAACAGAUGAUGAUAAGACUUACUUCAGCCUCAUCACAUCCUUCAGUGAACUGUACCUGCCUUCCUCAACCUAGAGGAGGAGUUCUAAGGAAGAACAAACUGUCUUCACAGAGUUGUCCCUGUAGUCUAGUUUUAUUCUAAUGGUAAAAGUAAU